AUUUCAACCUGUAAAACCCGCACCGAAUUUAUAUUUUUGGACAUAUUUUUUGUGUUAAAAUUCGAUCAGUCCCUAAUUUUUACCACCUCUAGUGUAUAUAAAGUUGAAUCAUGUAAAUCCGACCGCAAAGCGUAAUCAAGAAAUAAUCGUGGAUUCCUACUUCGGAGUUGGAGGUGGACGUGAGAGUCUGGUGACAAACCCAUUUUAAAACAACAGGGGUUUCGGGAACAACAGAAGAAAGUAGUCAAUAUUCUGAAAACGAAUUUGCAACUCAGAAUUCAGAAAGGAGAGCACAAUUGUGAAGGAUGACAGUUGCAGAGCUUGGACAGUUAAAUCUGGAGGAACUUCCGCCAUUUCGUGGGGCAUCUCGCUCACUUGAUUGCUUCCAAAAGUUGGAGCAAAUUGGCGAAGGAACUUUUGGACAGGUAUACAUGGCCAAAGAAGUCAUGACUGGGGAAGUUGUUGCUUUGAAAAAAAUAAAAACAGAGCAUUCAAAAGAGGGGUUUCCUAUUAGUGCAAUAAGGGAGAUCAAAGUUUUGAAAAGGUUGCAUCAUGAAAACGUUGUUAGUUUAAAAGAGGUUGUGAUUUCUCAAGAGGGAAUUAAUGAACUAGCUGCAACCAAGGAGAGUUUAGACAAUAAUAAGUACAAUGGUGGUGUCUACUUGGUGUUCGAGUACAUGGACCAUGACUUGACAGGUCUCUCAGAUCGUCCUGGCCUGAGGUUUACUGUUCCUCAGAUUAAGUGCUAUAUGAAGCAGUUGCUCACUGGGCUCCAUUACUGUCAUGCCAAUGAAGUGCUUCAUCGGGAUAUCAAAGGGGCUAAUGUUCUACUAAAUAAUAAUGGAAGCUUGAAGCUUGCUGAUUUUGGGCUUUCUUGCUCUUCUCAUCGCCGAACACAAAAUUUUACGAAUCGUGUAAUCACAUUGCCCUAUAGACCUCCUGAGUUGCUGCUUGGAGCCACAAAUUAUGGUCCAGCUGUUGACAUAUGGUCUGCUGGUUGUAUCUUUGCCGAGCUUUUGCAUGGAAAACCCAUCAUGUCUGGAAGAAAUGAGCCGGAGCAACUACACAAAAUAUUUGAGCUUUGUGGAAGUCCUGACGAAGUUAAUUGGCCUGGUGCUUCCGAGAUCCGUUGGUAUAACAACUUUAAGCCAGCAAGGCCCAUGCGUCGACGUUUACGGGAGGUUUUAAGACAUUUUGACUCUCAUGCUCUUGAUUUACUGGACAAAAUGCUGAUCCUUGAUCCAUCUAAGAGGAUAUCUGCCAACGAUGCACUUGCUGCUGAAUAUUUCCAGAUGGAGCCGUUACCUUGUGAUCCAAAGAGCUUACCCAAAUACGAAGCAUCCCACGAGUUCCAAACGAAGAAGAAGAGGCAGAUGCAGCGGUCGAAUGAGGAAACUGCGAAAAGGCAGAACUUGUGUUACCCACCGCCUCAUGCUCGUCUUCCUCCUAUUCAACACAAACCACAACUCCUGCAAGAGCACAACCAUUCAGUGAACAACCAAUUGCAACAACCAUUUCCUACUUUACCUAGCAACCUGUAUAGUGAACCUCUUGUUGAUGUUGGAUUGCCAAAUAGGUAUCAUUCCAAUGGAAAUCUGACACCUGGAUAUAACCAGACCCAUGGGGUCCAGGCUCAAGCUGGUGUUACUUCUAUUGGGCCAUAUCCUCCUCACGGACGGGCUGGUAGUAAUAUGACUAAUCGGUCUACAACUCCGAGUUAUGUAGCUGGACCACCAGGGUUCUCACACAGAGGUUCGAAUCCAAUAGCUAGUAAUCGAAAUCAACAAUAUGGCUGGCAACAAUGAGGAUAUACCAGUUUUUGCAGCUUUGAUUGGUAUAAGAUACAGAGAACUAAAUCAAAGAGGCAAAAGAGGGUAGUAAUUUCCUUAUGGCUCAACUUUGUGAGCUAGACUGCGAAGAAGUGCGGUCUCUCACUUGUACAGAUGGGAGUCUCAAGGUGCAUAUGUGUGUUUCUUGUCUUUUCUUUUGUAAGUGUAAUCUUAGUUUUUUCACGUGUUUUAUCUUUCUUCCGCGCCAAGCUAAAUCUUAGAUUUUGUUUGUAAUAUUUUCCUUGUAAUAGUAGCUUCAGUAAAAUGAUGGUGUUGUAAUUGACAUGAAGAAGCUUUCUUAUA